AGCCAUAAGAAAAGAGUCGAAAGAGCAAAGGAUGAUGGCUUUUAAGAGUUUGGUUAUAGUUCUCAUAAUUUUCUCUCUCUUUGGUCUUAAUCAAUGCCAACACGAUCUGGAACAUCCCAAGGGAUACGAAAGGUGUGUUAGAAAAAUGAUGGGAGAGCCAUGGACACUUGAGUUUCUGUGUUGUGUCGAAGAUCCUAAAACUUGCUUCGCUGGCUUUCUAGAGGAAGCAUGCAUCAUAAGGUGUCCGCCGUUGAAGAAAAGAGGACCAAAGCCGCCGUUGAAGAAAAGAGCACCAAAGCCGAGGUGUCCGCUCUUGAAGAAAAGAGGACCAAAGCCGCCGUUGAAGAAAAGAGCACCAAAGCCGAGGUGUCCGCUCUUGAAGAAAAGAGGACCAAAGCCGCCGUUGAAGAAAAGAGCACCAAAGCCGAGGUGUCCGCUCUUGAAGAAAAGAGGACCAAAGCCGCCGUUGAAGAAAAGAGCACCAAAGCCGAGGUGUCCGCUCUUGAAGAAAAGAGGACCAAAGCCGCCGUUGAAGAAAAGAGCACCAAAGCCGAGGUGUCCGCUCUUGAAGAAAAGAGGACCAAAGUCUGAUUGCCAACACGAUCUGGAACAUCCCAAGGGAUACGAAAGGUGUGUUAGAAAAAUGAUGGGAGAGCCAUGGACACUUGAGUUUCUGUGUUGUGUCGAAGAUCCUAAAACUUGCUUCGCUGGCUUUCUAGAGGAAGCAUGCAUCAUAAGGUGUCCGCCGUUGAAGAAAAGAGGACCAAAGCCGCCGUUGAAGAAAAGAGCACCAAAGCCGAGGUGUCCGCUCUUGAAGAAAAGAGGACCAAAGCCGCCCAUGAAGAAAAGAGGACCAAACGCGCCUCCCCCACAUUUUCUAUAG